AUGGAAAGACUGCGAAAUACAAGUAUCUAUUUAAGGAAUAUUGAAAGUAUAGUUAAUAAUUUAGAAUUAUUUGAAUAUUAUUAUCACGAUCAACUUGCAAUUCUAUUAGAUGAAGUACGGAUGUUAACUAUCCAAGAUAAACUUAAGCAUUUUCUUAUGUAUCAGGACGAACUAAUUGAAUUAUUAUAUUUAUUCGAGAUCGAUAUGGAACUUAUUGGCGAAGAAAAAUGGAAUUUCGAUGUGCAAUUUUGCAUUUCAGACAAUACACAACUGACAAUGACCGAUAAUUCAAGUAAUCUCUAUAUUCUUGUUCAAAUAGAACAACAGUUUUAUCAAGUUCCAUCACAACAAUUAUUAAAUAAUAAAUCUUAUGAAUGUGUUGGUGAUCCAUUUAUUGAAACAAGUUUAAUGAACUUAAUUGAUUUACUUCUUUCUUCAUCGACUAUUGAUCGUAUCGAUAAUGUAGCACAGUUAUCAACUGCAUACAGUCUUACUGUACAAGAUGUACUCGCUUUAUAUCAUUAUUUAGUUACUAAUCUAGAAAAAAUGGGUUCUAUCGAUAGUUUUGUUCGUUGUAUUAUGAGUUUACUUCUUAACGAUCGAAUUUUAACUUGUCUUACUAAUGAAGAUAUGAUUGAAAGAUACUUAAACGAUUAUUAUGAUUAUUUUCGAGAAAAUAUCUAUAGUUAUAAAACUGAUCAUGAACUUUCAAUGAUUGUUUCAAUUGCUUGGCUCACACUCUAUAUCGAAAUAUAUGAAUUUUCUUUGAGUACAGAUAAUCAUAUCAAUAAACUACUCACUAGAAAUUAA